CCUACGUUUCCGAUACAUUAGAACUACGACUUUUUCCCAAACACACAAAAAUAACUUAAAUAAGUAAAAUUGUGUGUUAAAAGCUACAAUUAACGUAACGUCCAUAACUUCUUUAACAUGUGCCAUAACCUCACUUUUCGAGACUCGGGGGCCCCAAUGCAUUCAUCAACAAAACAAAACGAAUUCCACCAUUACACCGGUGCGAAAGAAUUGCCAAGGCUGUUUGAUUGUUGCACUUGCCCAUAUUCCAUCCAUGUAAAAAUACUUUCCGAAAAACACAACCACAACACUUUAAUAUAAUCCACAUCUCCAUGAACUUACAAUUGCCAAAAAUGCAACGACUUCGAAACCUUUUCGAUCUUUCAUUUCACGAAACAUAAACGAAAGUGCACGGAAAAAUCUACCGUUUCCAAGAGCCAGUGGUUCAAAUGUGACCACUGUGAACACAAAACAAAGAGUUGCCAGAAUUAGUCCGUGGUUCAAAUAUACGAUAGGCGGAGCUUGAAGUUGGUCAGUGUCUGCGUUCUCGACAAUUUGAAGAGGCAUGUACAGAAUCAGCAUGGAGGCGGAGCUUACUGGCCAAGUGGGCGGGGACUAAAACUACUCGUUUUGUUUUUUUUUAAUCUUUGAAGAUCUUUAUUUCCACAACUUGUGUCGGUCGUAGUUUCACUAUUUCGCGUUUUCGCGUGUGGGUCAUUUGACCUACUCUUAUUCUCACGUUAUAACGUGUAAUGACGGCCACCGUGACCUGAUUUUCCCCAUCAUGCAGUCUCCUCCAACGCUUUUCAUUGGAAAAUCCUUCGAUUCUUACGCUUCGUUAUCAUUUUUUGUUUCCCAGUACGAAUGUUAUCACCGCCAGAAGUUCUGGAAACGAUCGAGUCGGAAAAUCACGUCAACGGCAAACAUAAAACGCCCCAUGAAACCCGAUCUUGUCUACUACGAAAUCAGCUAUUCUUGCAUUCUUGGGGGAGAGAAUUUCAAAUCACGAAGUAAAGGUCUACGCAAAUCCAUCACGUUCAGGUUAGGAUCUCCAUGUGCCGCCUACAUUCGUUUGUGCGUGUCUCCGGAUGGUCAGACGUUGGACGUGAAGAGCUUCAACGACCACCAUAACCACAUCUGCGUGCAAAACCGAUGGACGGUGAGUCAAGUCGAAACUCUAAUCGACCAGUACAAAAAAUAUCCCGUGUUGUAUGACCCCAGCCAUGAAGACUAUUCCAACACGGCUGUCAAAAAUGCUUGUCUGGUCAAUAUCGUGGAAGCUUUACAGACCGUACGUUCGGGGGUGACCGAAGCAGAUGUGACUUCUCAAUGGAAUAAUUUAAUGGUGAAAUAUUCCCAAGCCACUCAGAGUCAGGAGCCACAGUUUUGGUACCUCCAUAAAUUAGAAUUCCUCCAGGACCACGUUGGCACCACAGACGUGAAACUAGAAGACUGCGAUAAUGAAGAGUGCGACGAAACGAAUUUGUUUGAACCAGAAAUUGCGACAAAAGCGCACGAAUGGAGAGAUGGUACCGACCCAUUGGAGUCCUGUGUUGAAGUAAAAGAAGAAAUCGAAGACGCGCCUCUGGCGAAAAAACAAAAAAACGAAGACGAACCAGUUGAAAGUGGGGGACUGUCAGAAGACGAAAGUGACGUUUUUGGGAAAUUUGUGGCUUCGCAGUUGAGGAAAAUCGUGAAUGAGGAAGUGAAGCAGGACACGAUUUUCGAGAUUCAUAAAUUGUUGUAUAAGGCGUUAAAGAAAUAAAUUAUUUAUUUUCUCCAUAAAAA